CAAUGCUACACACUAUCGUAGUGGAUAAAUAAUUACUGCUUCGGUACGGUUAGGUGAUGUAUCCGUGAGUGCCAGUUGCUACGCUAAUAUACUCAAUAUCUACGAAUCAACAACUUUUAUCAGAAGGUAUGACUCCUAUGUUUGAGAAUAAGUUUUCGAGGGUGUUACCUCUCGUAGUCUGGGAGAGAAGCAACGGCUGGUACCAAUAUGUCAAAAUUCUGAAGAACAUGUCCAUAUGGGAUUCCAAAGUAGGCAAGAUAUUUAUCUCCAGCCUCUUCAACGGAGUGAAUUGUGUUGGAAACUCCUCCAUUUUGAGAGAAUCUCCAGAGAAGGUACUCGAUGUGUUAAAGCUUUAUGUUGCUCUUAAACUUGGAAGUGGUAUGCUUAUUACUUGCUCGCUAGCGUCAGACUUCAAAAGCCGGAUUAUGUCGAUGUACGAAUCAUUCUACACUGUAGUGGAUAAAGAAGAUAUGGUGAUGGAACAAUGCCCUCAGCUAUCGUACCGGGGCCUUCCCUGUAAUUCCGGUUUACCAGAGGUGCCCGGACAACAAGAACAUAGGUACAAAGACGAGGACUCGCCUUCUACUAGUAGUGCUGGAACAGCCUUGGUACGUCGCCCAGUGGCUUACCGCAUCAUCCAAGGCGCCGCGCAGAUGUGUGAUAAAUUCCUAGACUACGUGCCACUUAUCGGAAAUGAUACGUUUCCCUGGAUGUCUACAGCAGAGAGACAGUAAGAUUCUGUGUAAAAUAUUUGCAGAAGAGCAGUUAUUUGAAUUUCAUAGCUGCAAGUAGCGUUUAGUAAUUGUAAAGCAGCUAGGUCAGAAUAUGAAACAAUAAAUUAUGAAACGGUACCAAAUAUGUUGAAUAUCUGAAGAUAACAAAAAUAUUUCGAUCGAC